AUGAGCCAAUCCAACGACAGCCAGAACGCAUUAGCCCCCAUCCCUCACCACCAAUACUCGCCGCCGCCGGCGUCGCAGCACCCGCUCGCGCGCGACGGCCUUGACCAGUCCAGCCAUGUCGCCCUUUUAGCCACGUGUGGCAUCACCGUCCGCGACUUCGCGUACGAGACAACACUGCCGCCCGUAACCACCGUCCCGCGAUUCGCCGUGCAAACACAGCCCAGGACCCGCACGCUCAAGCGCACGCGUGACAUGCUCAACGGAAACGCCGACGGCGAGGAGAGCGACGUCGAAGAUCCAUCGAUUCCCCGAACGUGGUAUAUCGAUUCGAACGGCACCGGCGUGAGCCGCAGCUCACGGUUCCGCAAGAGAGCGCAAGCGCUCGGACGAACGCUCACGGAGCCCGCAGACGAGGAGCCGGCGCAGUCCCAAGGCCUGACCACCCGCGAGGGCGGGUUUGCGCUCCCGUGCGCGCUGCGGGCGGUGUCGCCAGCGGGCCCGUCGCAAGGCGCACAAUGUCCGUCGACGCCGCAUAGGCCGCGGCGGCAGGCGCAGACCACGUCGCUGAGCCCCCUUGCCAUCACGAACAACGUCUCUCCCUCACAGGCGAGCCAGCAGGGCGAGUCGCAGGAAUCGGAGCCGUGGAUCGACACGCCACUCGUGACGCCUAAUGGCUCCCUACAGUGGCCGCUGCCUACCGUACAGAACACGAGCGCCAUGCCCGCCUCGCAGUUGGAGUCGAUUCUCCCGCAGCUCCCCGACGAAGACGACGUUACGAUGUCGCAGCUCGGUUUCUCCCCUGCGCGGUCACAGGCGCGGUCGCAGCAUCCCGCCGUGUUCGGGUCCUCGCCCGCUGGCACCCCGUCCCGUCGCCGACACGAUCUACAAUUGCCUCCACAGGCGGAGUUCAACCGCUUCGCACCUUCUUCAUCAAAGUCACCGCCAUCCUCCGUCUCGCCGCCACCCACGACCCCAGUACUCCAGGACGCUCGGCCAAGCUCCCCGCGGUACCAUCUCCGCCAACGACCUCCUGCGGCCGUGGUUGCCAAUACGAAGAAGCCCACUACCGGUCGAGGUCGUGCGCUGAGCCGUACUCGUACGUCGAACCAGGGCGCAGCGCGCAAGACGGAGAACGCGGCGCCGCCCGCGCGCAAGAAGGCGAAACCGUCGCCGCCCGCGGACGCACCGCUAGGCAAGACACGGUAUGACCGGCGGAAGAAUGGCGAUGUGCCGGUGUCCGAGGCUAUCAGAUAGUUUCCCAUCUUCCAUCCAAGCAGGACGCCCUACACUGCCGGCGUGCAGAGAAGUUAUCGAGUCGCCGACGGCCUGUGAUUGAUAUCUAGUCUGUCGGCGCUGCCCUAGGAAGAAGAAGGGGCGCAUCGCGUUCAAGUGUACAGAUGACAUAUCGUGGGUGUGUAUGUGUAUCCCUAGGAGAGGAAACCACCCGACCGCGUACGUAUUACAUUAUCUUAUUCCAGCUGUUGUGUUCGUGUAUUUUCCCCAUCCAACAUGUUUGUAUCCUCUCGUCACAGCACUCGGACGCCCCAUGGCCAGCUCCUAUGUUCCCCACCCCAUCCAUCCCCC